AUGCUAAUCAUCACAUUGUACAAGGUACCAUCGGUAGCAAAAGAAUCACAAAUCUGUCAUUUUUGCACCGACACAAGUACUACAGGCGCAUUUAUGAUGGAGAAUCAUUUUGCAUCUGCAUCGACUUUCCGAGGUCAUAUACUGUGUUUAAGUGCUAGUUUGGCCUUAGAUCCGGCAUCUUCAUUUCUUUGCAAUCUUCAUGCUCAACCUAAAUUCACAAGCACAAAAUUUAAAAACGCUCCGAAGUGGAUUGCGUGCACGCGCUGGUGA